AUGGUCCGAGUGUACUACGGAGACCACUUUGAGCAUCCUUCAACCCACGAACAUUUAACAACUCCAGAAACCGUGGCCAAAUUCGCUAACCUGUUUCUCAGCUUCCUUCUCAUGGUUGGAGGUAUAGCGUGUGCUGUUAUGGGGGUUUGGCUUGCUUCCACUGCUAAUGAGUACAACUACUUCAUCACUGCUAAAGGUCUAACUCCAAGUGUGUUGCUCAUAACCUACGGUAUAGGGCUCUUCUUCUUCAGUUCCGUAGCGUGCUGUGCUACUGCUCGACACUCCGGGUUCCUUCUAGGUGUGAUCAUUGUGACGAUGUUUCUGUUAAUUGGUGCAGAAGUAGUCGGAGUUACUUUCGCUUUUACUUACCGAGACAAUUUUAAAAAAGACGUUAAGAAUGAGUCACUUAGUCUGAUAGCGGGAUACAGCGCCCCGGGUUGGGAGAAGAACUCUACUGAAGUCUUCGACAGAAUACAACAAGAUUUAGAGUGUUGCGGAGUAAGUAGCGGACCGGGUGAUUGGGGUGCAGCAGGGAGUAACGGGUCUACACUAGCUGUGUACUGGGUGGAGAAGGGUACCCACACGGACGAUACUCCGGAUAGUUGUUGUAAGAAGAACUCUACUGGAUGUGGAACUGAUCAGAUACCUAAUGAGGGGGAUAUACUGUGGAGUGAGGGUUGUGUGACAGCACUAUUUGACUGGUUUGACGGCAAGAUGCUGUUGUUCGUAGGGACAGUCUCAACCGUCCUUAUCUUCCAGAUAGUGAAUGUGUGUGGGAUGUACCUGUGGAGACGCUGCAUCGUUCACGGAUUCUAA